GCGAAACUUUAUCGUCAAGGAAUGGAAACACAAAGAUGGGAUUUUGGAAAUGUUAAAAAAAUUUCAGAAGAUCCUAUCCGUGAUCCUGCUCCCUGCAAUUCACCAAACUUGACACAUUUUCAAAUAAAUAUUCCCGUAAGUGAAGUAUUUUGGGACCCACCAUUUCCCAUCCCACUUGGAUAUGCACCAACAAUCCCCUCUAUGGUUGCAGUCCAUAAUUUCACUAUUGACUUGUACCGGAUACAACGAGUAGCUUUAAAAGCUGACAUGUGA